CCCCACCUUCCCUCCCGCCCCUCUAGCCGCUGCCUCAGCUGCUGCCGCUGCCACCGAGCUGACCACCGGCUUCGCACCUCAGAGUUACUGAUUGAGUUUUGAGACUCCUAUACUCUCAUCUGCCCUCAUGGAUGAACUUCAGGACGUUCAACUCACAGAAAUCAAACCACUUCUAAAUGAUAAGAAUGUUACACGAAACUUCCAGGACUUUGACUGUCAGGAACAUGACAUAGAAACAGCCCAUGGUGUGGUCCACGUCACAAUGAGAGGCUUACCAAAGGGAAACAGACCAGUUAUCCUGACAUAUCAUGACAUUGGGCUUAACCAUAAAUCCUGUUUCAACACUUUCUUCAACUUUGAGGAUAUGCAAGAGAUUACCCAGCACUUUGCUGUCUGUCAUGUGGAUGCCCCAGGCCAACAAGAAGGGGCACCCUCUUUCCCAACAGGGUACCAGUACCCGACGAUGGAUGAGCUUGCUGAAAUGUUGCCUUCUGUUCUGACCCACUUAAGGGUGUACAGUUAUGAGCAAAACAUUGUGCUUAGUGAACUCAAUCAUCCAGAGCUUGUGGAAGGUCUUGUGCUCAUUAACAUUGAUCCGUGUGCUAAAGGCUGGAUUGACUGGGCAGCAUCCAAAGAGGAGUUACAGGCCAAUUUGGACCUUAUUCAAACCUACAGACUUCAUAUUGCCCAAGAUAUCAACCAAGAAAACCUACAGCUCUUCCUGGGUUCCUAUAAUGGGCGCAGAGAUCUGGAGAUUGAAAGACCUAUCCUGGGUCAAAAUGAUAACAGAUUAAAAACAUUGAAGUGCUCCACUUUACUGGUGGUAGGGGACAAUUCACCUGCUGUUGAGACUGUGGUUGAAUGUAAUUCUCGCCUCAACCCUAUAAAUACAACUUUGCUAAAGAUGGCAGACUGUGGGGGGCUGCCCCAAGUAGUUCAGCCUGGGAAGCUUACUGAGGCCUUCAAGUACUUUUUGCAGGGAAUGGGAUACAUACCAUCUGCUAGCAUGACCCGGCUUGCCCGAUCCCGAACACAUUCGACCUCAAGUAGCCUCGGUUCUGGAGAAAGUCCCUUCAGCAGAUCUGUCAUCAGCAAUCAGUCAGAUGGAACUCAAGAAUCCUGUGAAUCCCCUGAUGCUCUGGACAGACAUCAGACCAUGGAGGUGUCCUGCUGAGCAGAUGCUCCCACUGGACAUGCAAGUCCCCUUCUUCAGAUGACCACUCCACAAUAGAACACUUUAUCCCUUCAACUGGACUCCACUAGCCUUCACACAUGCAUGGCCACUGACCCUCUCUCAAGUAGCCUGGAUUUAUCAUUCUCUACCCACACACCCCUUUUUGUAAAAUGUACCAAGAACCACAACCAAACCAUUCUGGUAACAUUCCAACAUCUCUAGCUGAGCCAAGCUCCAUAUCUUCCCAUGCCAGCUUUUCCCUGUGCUUUUCCAAUUAUGUAUCUGAUAAGAUUCUUUAACCCCCAACUCCAUAUGUGUGCAAGCACUUGUGUCUAUGUUUAUGUGUGCAUAGUUCUGUGAUUUUAGAUAUGCUUCCUAUAGUGCUUCUGCAGAAACAAAAAGGGACUUUGGUUUUUUUUUUGUAUUUUCAAUGGUGUUUUUAAGGGAAAUGUGCAGAGCAGAUAUCUAGAUGGGACCAGCCACCAGAUUCUUUUUGAUUCCAAGUGGCCAAUAGGAGUUACAGAGGGGUUUUAGGAGAGAACAGCUCUGAGCACCACUGUUUGCCUGGGAAGUAGUAGAAGAAUUGCCUGUUACAAAGAGGCAGGCUGUGUGGCAGUCACCUCCUCUGUCCUAAUGGGUUCAUUCAUGUCCUUCUAUAAAUAAAAGGAAUAUGUUCUAGUGGAAGCUAAAGAAUGAUGAGGUUCUUAUGCAACAGGAGUUUUCUCCAAAGAGGCCUAAUUGCUAGACUUCUCUGAGUCCAGGAGGUGGAACAGAAGCCCAGCCUCUGCUGUGCAGAUCAAACUGGUGCUCUGUAGCAUGUUAUGCCACUUGCCAGAUGUCCAUACAUCUCAGGAAGUGCCCCCCCAGCCUCUGAUGGACAAUAUUUUUAAUAAAGGGAGUCCCAGAAAAGCAUACUAUGGCAGAAAAACCUCAUCCUUGAUGGGGAGACUGGAGGAAGAGGAAGAGCCAUUAACAAUAUCAUAUUCAUUAAGUGUUGCCUUGAUUUCAGCAAGUCAGUGGAAGCUAGGGUAAAUCCAUAAGGAACCUGUUUCUGAGAAAUGUUAAUACAUUGUAAAGGGCAGGCCCAUCCAGGUUUAAUUGUUUUCAGCCCCCAGUCUACUGUAGGUGAGGGGAUUCCUUCAACCAUGGAGAAUUUCUGGGAGGAAGACAAAAGCAUCGGCAGACCAGCUGCCUCAGCUCAAGGGCCCAGUUCUUGAGAGCAUCAAGACGUGAGCACAGAGUUUCACAAUUCUCAAUCUUGCAGACAGACUUUUCAGACGCAUAGUUUGCUUUCUGCUCAGAUAAGGAAUGUGUCACUCUGCCAGACUAUGACUUUUUACAGAUUAUUAAAUAAAGCUGUAUAUGUCUCAUUGUUACAUGA